AUGCAGACUGCUUCUACAAACAUUUGUUAAAAAAUGGGUCGCUCUCAGGAGCUCAGUGAAUUCAAGCGUGGUACUGUGAUAGGUUGUCACCUGUGCAAUAAGUUCAUCCGUGACAUUUCCUGGCUACUAAAUAUUCCACGGCCAACUGUUAGUGGGAUUAUAACAAAGUGGAAGCAACUGGGAACAACAGCAACUCCGCCACCAAGUGGUAGGCCAGAUAAAAUAACAGAGCAGGGUGAGUGCAUGCCAAAUCUCUGCAGUCAGUGGUUAAAGUUCUCCAAACUUGGUUUGCCAGGAAAACGGUACUUGCCUGACUGCAUUGUACCAAGUGUAAAGUUUGGUGGAGGGGGAACAGUUUGGGGAUGGUCCCUUUCUGUUCCAACAUGACUGCACACCAGUGA